AUGGAUACCAACAGGAAACUGAUCAUCAGCAUUAUCUGUACUAGCUUUUUAACCUUUCAACUUCUUUUCCAAUUUGUAAGCUAUUGGUUUUCAGCAAAAGUUUCUUCAGGUUUUAAUAGUCUCAGCUUUGAAAAGAAGAUUGAAUGGAACUCAAGGGUAGUGUCUACAUUCCAUUCUUUGGUGGUUGGGGUUUUUGGCCUGUACAUUUUCUUAUUUGAUGAGGCUACUAAAGCUGAUCCACUUUGGGGUGAUCCAUCACUUGUGCACAUGAAUCUUGCUAUUUCUUCAGGUUACCUCAUUUCUGAUUUGUUGAUUCUCAUUUUGUAUUGGAAAGUGAUUGGUGACAGAUGUUUUGUAGUUCACCAUUGUUCAGCGCUUUUUGGGUGCUUCAUAAUACUGAGAGGUGGCGUGCUGGCAUACAUUGGGAAUCUUCGCUUGCUUGCCGAGUUUUCCAGCCCUUUUGUGAAUCAGCGGUGGUUCUUUGAAGCUCUGAAGUAUCCCAAGUUUUCCAAAGCUAACAUCAUCAAUGGAGCGCUCAUGACAGUGGUUUUCUUCAUCGUGCGGAUUGCCUCGAUACCUCCUUUUUAUGGCUUCAUGUAUUCUGUAUAUGGAACAGAACCCUACAUAAGGCUGGGAUUUUUAGCCCAAAGUGCCUGGGCCUCUACUUGUGUUGCUUUGGAUGUGAUGAAUGUCAUGUGGAUGAUCAAAAUUUCAAAAGGGUACAUCAAAGUCAUCUCUCUCCUCAGACAAGAGAAAGCCAAAAGUAGUCUUCAGAAUGGAAAACUUGACUAA